CUUAAAUUCACUUUCAUUUGGCCCAUCUUUAAAUUCUUUCACUUUUAACAGAUCAUCCUCAUUUCCAUGGAUCCUCUGUCCAAGCUCAAGCUCUGUUUUUUAACAGCAACUCUUCUUUUGGCCACUGCCCAUGGAUAUGCCGUCGUCACCGGCACCGUCUUUUGCGAUCAAUGCAAAGAUGGCCAUAUAUCUAUGUUCGAUUAUCCCAUGAACGGAGUUAAAGUGAAGGUGGCGUGUGGGGAUGGCAAUGGGGGAGUUACUUAUAUGAGAGAGGAGACUACGAAUUUGUUUGGAAGCUUUACAAUGAGAUUCGAUGGAACGCCGGAUCUUAGCGGUUGUUAUGCGACAAUUGGUGGAACCGAACAGGGAACGACAAUGGACUGCGGCGGAGCUGGCGGUCCGCCGAAGAGUCUUAGGUUGAUGUUUAGGUUGUUUGACAUGGAAAUGUAUGUGGUUGAUUCGUUGGUUACUCAACCUGCUAAACCAAUGUCGUUCUGUUCGGCAUCAGUUAAUCCGGUCCCGGUCCCUGCGCCGGUUAUAACGAAGCCACCGUCUCCAUCUCUGCCAUUGUCUCCGCCUCCUCUGCCUCCUUCGUUUAAGCUUCCGCCGCUACCUCAACUGCCGCCACUUCCGCCGCUGCCUAAGCUGCCGCCUGUGCCGUUCUUGGAAGCUUCUGCUUGCCAACAUGACAAUUGGACAAACCCAGAUUACAGAUGCUACUGGAGGGCAGUGAACCCAGACACAAAAGUAGGCGUUAUUUUUGGACUACUAGCAGCCAACCAAUACGGAACGGACCUGACCCUAUGGAACGGCCUACAAGGCCGAGGGGACCCAUAUAGGACUCUUUUAAGGGAAGCCAUAACGGCGUUCCUUAAUUCCUACAAUUCCCUUAAUUUUCCCUACCCUACAAUUUCUGUGGUCCAACGCCUUAAUUGGGCCUUAUUGGGCUCUCCACGGGCCGUCCUCCUCACGGCCCUCCGUUUCAAACGGGCCAACUCUGGUUAUGGCCACGUCACCUGCAAAUUCGAUCCUUGCCAAUAGGAUAGAUAUAUUAUCUAAUCUUUACUAUUUAAUUUACUUAUUAUAAUACAUCAAUUAUUACUACUACUACGUAAGAUCUUGAUUCUCAAUUUGGUUUGUAAAAUUUCUAGAGUUUAUUCAAAAUUUGAGUUAUUGAGUUCAUUUGUAAGGAUGAUUAUAUGAAUACUAAUAAUAACUUUUCUGUUAUGAUU